UUUGCCUUUGUUCUUCGAAAUUAAUGAUUGGUCGAUUGGUCGUGGAAAUGGAGAGUAAACAAUUUACAAGAAAAAAAAGAAGAAAAAAACCAACAACAACGAAGCAAUGAACAUUGCUCGUAUAAAUAGUAUUGUGUGCACGGUGUGCCUUUUUCGCUCCAUAAACAAGUAAUAAAUUUAAUUGACUCUCCUAUUUCGCGAAUAUGUGUUUAGAAUUAAUUAGCGAAACGGUGAAACGAUUACAAGCGCUACACCGGAUAAAUAACGACCAAUGAAGCAACGAAAACUACAUUUUAUAUUCAAAAUAGCAGAAAAAUAAAGAGAACGUCUCAUUUGAAUGUGCAUGCACAGUGAGUCGCUAUAACAACCGAACGAGUGAUAAACAAAUGGUUUCCAUGGUUAUGUCGCGAGUGCAGCAAUUGGAACAAAGCCGUACUUGAACCAUGGAAAUGGCCAAGUCAGAGGAUAGAAAGUAGACGAGUGAAAAAAAUCGAUUGGAGUUUCAUUUCGAUUUGUUUUGUUUUUUUUUUUUGGUCUUCUCGUAGUUAAAAUUAAAUUUGUGUAGUAAAAUGUCUUUGUUUAAAGUGUGCACAUGGUGGUCGGCUCAGUGUCCUGAUUUUGAUCCGAAUUAUGAUUCGCAGCUGUUACACUGUUGCCGAUUUGGAAUCGAAGAGAAUGAAAAGGAUUACGUAAUUGUUGCAUCGCAUUCGGGGUUUGUUAGUGUUUUCCAGCCGAAUGCAUUGAUGGUGGACGAAACGGAAGACGAGGAACUGAGCUCGGGAUUCAGGCCCACCGAUCAAUUGCUCGAAAUUAAGCUGCCCAAUCCGAUAUUACAGUUGUCAUCGGGAAAAUUUAUCAUAGGUGCAGCGAAUGAGGGUAAGCGUCAAUUGGUCAUUUUACACCCGCUCAAAGUAUCCGUUUACUCGUUACAUCUGACCGAAGGACUGGCUGAACAUGGAAUGCAAUUCAAAUUGAACCUGUGCUUUGAACACAAACUCAGUAAGCCAGCGUAUUCGGUGUGUCAUGGACAUUUUGGCGGAUACAAAAGUCGUGAAUUCUUCUGCAUUACACACAUGGAUAGCACAUUAACAUUUUUAGAACAGGAUGGCAUCGUUUAUGAAACAAUUCUCGUGGGCGAUCGUCAUAUUCCAUCGAAAAUGGUGUUCAACUCGCGAACGGAUACCUUUUUAACUGUUUCAUCAUACUGUGAUUUAGAGUGUUAUCGGUAUCAGGAUUUGGCCCAAGCGGUCGAUACACAGAAAAGUAGUCUGUCACUUCCCAUUUGGACGGUGUGCAUCGGUGAAUAUUCACUCGAUAUACAAUUGCAACAAAUCACCGAAAAUGAAAAUUUGAUAUUGAUUUUGUGUGAGAAUUUACUAUACGGAAUAUCCGAUACAUCGAGCAUAAAGUUUAUUAAACGUUUGGAUUAUGUUCCAAUGUGUUUUUGCUCAUUCGUCGCUGGAUGGUACUAUGAACCAAAUGCUCGGCUGAUAAUAACUGUCAUCUCUGAAAGUGGGACCAUAUUGAUAUACAACACAUCUCAGUUGAUCUGGGCGGCUCAAUUAUCCUAUGUACCGAUAGCAAUUUAUCGAACGAAUGUGAACGGUUUGCCCGGAGCCAUCUGUACGCUUUGUGAUAAUGGUAAAAUCGAUGUGUCUUACCUUGGAUCCGAUCCGCAGAUGUUUCAAGUGCCGCCGCUCAAUAUGCAAAAGUUGAAUUUCGAAAAAACUCAAACGGAAUUGAUCGAAUUGGAGAAGGAAAUCAAGGCUGGUAUUGAUUUCACUGAUGUGUCCGCCAUUAAUGUGGCCGCCGAACGUGAUUUAAAUAUUAAUUUCUCAAUUGAAUCAACGCUCGAAGAAUGUAUCCAUUCAACAAAUAUGCCAGGCAAUUUGGUAUCACCGGAUGAUGUGAAAAUGGUACGAUCCAGUGUUAAAUUGGUUGCACAAACAAAUCUGGAACAAGUUCAAGUACAAUUUUAUUGCUCCGCCCCGCUAAUGGCCAACAAAGCAAUCCACACUUUUCAACAAAUGAGCGCCAGCCAAGAGGAACUGGUGGAAACGCAUUUUUACAUGGCAAAUUGCUGCGAUGUUGCUAGCACAACAAUUACAGCCGUUAUAUCGUUCAUCAACAAACACACGAUACCGCGCGUGAUUGAAAAAACCAAAUCGCUACCGAUGACAAUGUUUUUCAAAACAUUUAUACCACAAAAAGAAUCAAGCAUCAAACUGACGAUAACAGUGAAUCAGGCCACCGUUCCAAGCAUGGAACAAUUAUUCGUAGAUGAAUUUCCAAUCGAUUCCACACACAAUGCCACCGGAUUUAAGUCGAUUUAUACCGGUAAAAUUGUCACAAUUGUGGCUGCGAAAAAUUCCAAUCGAUACAGGAUUCAAUCGGAUCAUCUGCCAACGAUUGCACCCAUUCUGGAGGCAUUGAUACAGCGAAUCGAAAACUAUAUCGAACCAAAAGUGCAAAUAGUUAAUAGUUCCCCAUUACCAAUAAAUGGUUUGAUUACACUUGUUGAUGCUCAUUAUAAAUCGUAUCAAAGUCUACAAAUCGUUCGGGAAAAAUUGAAAAACUGCACGAUUCGAAUGCGUCUGCUGGAGCGUCGAUAUUUCACGAAAUUGGACGACAAAAAAACCGGUUCAAUCGACAGUAUAAUGACAUUUUUGAAAACAACACACCAUGAGCUAAUGGCACAUAUUCAAUCGUUAGAAAAUGCCAAGCAAAAUUUAGCCAAGAUGCAGUGUGAUUUGUCGUGCGGCCUGGCAUGUGUAAAUGGAUUGAUUAAGUUAAUUGAUGUGCCACCAAAAGGCUGUGACACAUUAUGUUCAUCGCUAAUGAGCACCGUAACUGAUUAUCCACAGCAGAGUUGGGAGGAGAUGACUGCAGCUGGUUUGAAUAUUUUGAAUUAUGUGGGUCCAUUGCGAAAGAAUAAAAAUGCGGCGACCGACGAUGAUCCAACACUUGAUGUGGCACCGUUUGAUUUUGAUCGUUUCAAGAGACACUUGACUGGUUUGUUGGAGCGUGUGUCGCGCAGUGGCGGUCCAAAAGCUAAUGACAUCAAAGACACACUCACCGAAGAAGAUGAUGUAAUUGAAUCAACCGACAAUUCAAAACCACCCAAAGAAGAGGAGAGCGACUGGAUUUUUGAUGUUAAACAAACCAUGAACAUCCUACCACGAUUAUCACUUCAAACAAACAUCAACGAUGAAAAUGGUGCAAAGUCAAGUUUUUCAAAGGAUUAAAUUUAAAAAAAAAACUCAACUUCAAAUUUUUUAAACUCUUUUUUUAAUGUUGAUUUGUUUUUUUUUUUCAAUCAGAAAUCAUUGAAAACAUACUGACGAAUUUAAUGAAACAAUGAACAAUUUGUGUGUUUUUUAACGGAAUAAAAUUCACUUGGAUCGAUCGUGA